AUGACUGAAGAAGAGUACAUCAUCAUGUAUUCCCCGCCCUGCUUCCGGACGACCAUCAUCCACUCAAUCGCCGAUCCCAUGGCCACCAGCGAUUUCUCCGAAGAAUUGGGCUCGGAAUCGCCCUCGCCAGACGAUCAAAAAUCAAGAUCGUCAAGUUUCGGCUAUGAAUCGAUGGAUGAGGAUAAUCCAUACCAACUAUCGUCAAUUCCGUCAACCUCAGCCUUACCUGAUGAUGAUAUAGAAAGGCAGAGCGAUGAAUUGCCGGUUCCGCCCUAUUUUCAACUUUUUCUGGCCUCGGUGGUGGAUCUUCGUUCGUGUCCGGAAUUCAGGAACGUCCGCUUUGGCCAACGACAUCCGCAGAGUGAGGAAGUUCGCAGGCUUAUUCGACGUAUUGAUGCCAGAAAUCUGUCUGUCGAAGAAUUAGAAAAAACCCAUCCAAACGCUAUAAUUACGGUGAUAAAGGAACUGCUACUCGACUUGCCGCCCAUGUUUCCCGAUGAAGAGUUGCUUUGUCUACCUGUCGAUUGCUCUCCAGAAUUGGCCGUUUGCUACCUGACAACACUUAUCGAUGGACUGAGCACCGAGCAACAACAACUGGCCUACCUUACUUCGAAAGCAAUCUGCAGAAUGGUCCAUAUUUGUGGGUCCACAACAAGCGCUCUAACAGACGCGGUCAUCCUCUACACCCCUUGUCUCUUUCCAUUAUGCUCAUCCAGAUGCCCGUCAUUCUUGAGAGCAUCAAGAGCUACACUGCUUCUUAUCCAAAGUGCCGACACCAUUUUCGAGUCUUACAUCACGCACGACAGCUUUUACACCGAACUGUUUGGACGCCUCAAUCGACUACACGAAUCGAUGGAAUCAUCUUCUGACGCCGAACAAGAGCUCGAAGACGUUGAUACGCACGAGUUUUCGGAGGGACUCAAGCAAAUCAACCGAGAAGAAAACAUCAAGCGGGCCCACAGCUACUACACCAUCACCUAUGAUUCUGAU